AUGCAAACCAUACCUACGCCUGACCAGUUAGUUCAUAGAGCUUGUGAAGAGAUUGCGUACCACAAGGGAAGAAUCCCUUUUCAAAGUAUGUGGGAAAUUAUUGGAACCAACAUUGAACUUCGAAAUGAUAGAAUAAAAGAAUAUGUAUUUAACUGCCUUUUAUCGCACCCUGAUAUAGGAUUGCUUAAAAGCGGAUCUAAGACGAAAGACAUAACGUACCAAGAGGCCAUGCAAAAUAAGGAGAAGCUAGAAUUUUUUAUAUCUGAAGAUAGGUUGUGGGUCUUAUUGACAGGCUAUGCCAAGAAAGAAUCUCCUAUAGGGGGGUUGGCAUUCGACUUGCUAAUGGAAAUAGCGAAAACGAAGCAACAUGGUGCCAAUACGAUGGAAUUGGCUGCAAUAACGAAACAAGAUCCCAGAAGUAUUACUGGACGUAUUAAGAAAUUAGGGAAUCUUGUUACUGGUGUCCAAAUUAUAUACAAGGGCCAUGUUGUUAAGCUAAUUAAAUAUCAUCGCUUUGCAGAUACGAAACCGAAAAGACUAUACGUGAAUAUGAAACAAUACCUUCCUGUUAUCGUUGAUACUGUAAAAAAAUCUAAGAAUGGAGUACGUCAAGUAGUUGAUUUAAAGAGAGAACUGAAGCUGGAUAAGGACAAGAGGUUAAAUAAAGCGUUUAUUGCAGCCAUCGCAUGGCUCGACGAAAAAAACUACUUGAAAAAGGUUAUAGUAGUAUCCCCAUCAAAUCCAAAUGCCAAGGUAAGAUGUGUUCAAUACGUAAAAGACUAUAUUCCUGAAGAAAAAGAUAGUGCCGAGUUUGAUAAUGAGAGUGAGGACGACAACGAUGAUGACGAUGACGAACAUGAAGCUUUAGAUUCCAAAGACCCUCUAGAUAACGAAGAUAUUGCCGGGGGAUUUGAGGGAGGAAAUGUCACGAACAUAUUGCAGAAUUCAAAUUUGCUAAUUGAAGAGAAUACAGAAAGCGUAAAACACUUCAGUAUGAAUAGGUUUUUCCCAUUACAAAAUCAGACUUUUGCACUAACAGACAGACAUGGGACACAAGGUAUUUCUACCAUGGAAUGCGUGAAUACUAUAAUGGGUAAUGAUUAUAAACGUUCGUUUACAAAAAAUAGUGAAUACUAUUUGCAGACAGUUGGAAAAAGUAAACCGAAUAAGCUCCAAAAUUUAGGUUACGAAUUAGUGAGGGUCUAUGAUUUCGAAGGUAAAAAGAAGUUUUAUAGGCUAUUUACUCAAAAAAACUUCCUCAAGUUUACUGGAACAUCUGACUCUGGAACAUCAAUCACUCUACCUUCGGAAGUUGUCCAAAAGAGUACAUUGUCAGAAUUAAGUGCGCGUAACUUCAUGCCAUUGAACACUACGCUCAGGUUUACGACCAAGGAAGGAAAGGAUGUGUUUUUUUGGCAUGGUGAACUAGACAUCCCAGCUACCUCAAGCACCACUGCACGAGGAAGGAAAAGGAAAGUUGCAGGAGAACUUAUCUCACAGGAAUCGAAGAAGCAAAGACUUCCAGAAUCUUUCCCUAAACGCGGAACAGCGUCUAAAAAUGACUCCCAGGAUGUUUCUCAUGUUUCUGAUAAUACGCUCCCAACCAAAAACUCCUUGGUUAAUAUUGGGGGCUUUACUGCGUAUUCUUUAAAAUCUAUUCAACGUCAAAAAGCUAUACUUGAUGUGGUGCGAAGGUACGGUGGAAUUACGUACAUUAAGGACCAGUUGUACGAAGAUGUUUCGAAAUCUAUGGGCACGAAAAUGAUUCUUGAUAAAAAAACACUGCGAGGUGAUGUUGAACUAUUGGUUGCCGCUAACAAGUUGCAUGUUAGGGAACAUUCAAAUGGAAGGAAUAUACUUUAUUUGCCUUCAGUAAAAAAGGAUGAUAUAGUGAAAUAUAUUACCAGUACAAAGGAAACAAAGGUUGUAUUCUCAAAAGAUAUAAUCAAGAAUACGGAUAUUUACUUUUUUGACCAAACUGAGCAUGAUAAAUUUCACAGGGGCACUAAAUCAGUAGAAAGAGUAAAGGCAUUUGAAAACAAAACGAAGCGGGCUAAAGGAACAGGAGCCCAAAGUUCAGUAUCCAACAGUAAUUCAACGUCAAAAUAUAAAGUAUCAAUGCAUAAAAAACGGGCCAAAGAUCUGGCUAGUGGCGUAGAAAAGGUUGAAACGGGGUUGGAUCAACUAGCAAGCAAGAAGAAAGCGACUUCCACGAGGAAAAAAGCAGUCAAACCUACCACCAAAUCCUCGAAAGAAAUAUUCAACGUUAGUACUAAGGAGGGCUCAAGGGCCUUGGUGAUGGCCGUGGUUAUUACUAAAAGUAUUAAGGGCCAAACGUUAUGGCAAGAGAUUUUAUUAUUGUUUCCAAAUAAUUCUCUCGAACAUCUAAAGAAAAAGUGGACUCUGCGAAGAGUUAAAAUGGGCCAUGGAGGGUGGAGAGCAUUAAUGGAGAAAUGGAGAAAGAUUAUGGUUGACGCCGUGAAGGACGGGCGUGCAUCAUUGGAGGAUGCUGAACAGUUGAAUCUUACUAAACUAGUUCGGUUGUGGAUGGCUGCUGAUGAAGUAAAGGGUAAGGAUCCUAUAAAAUUAUAUAAAGACUAUGAGGAGAAUUACCAGCGUUACACCUUAGUUAAAAAUAGCCAGAAAACCAGCGUACACGUUAGCCUUGCAAUGUCAUCCAUGAUCCAAAGAGAAUCGUUUUUAUUAAAGCAAUUGUACACGUACGAUGUUGGGGCGAAACCGUUAUACACUCCUACUGAAGAGCAAAUAAGAUCAAUUGUGAGGUCAAUUUUAAUUAGCAGCACUAGCAUAGACAAGGAUGAGAUUGAUAUCCUUGGCACAUUCAAUAAUGAACUGGUUGAUAAGGUAAUACUUGAUAUGGCAAGGGAACGUCACAUCUCCUUUGUCGGAUCUUCGAAACUACAACUCACUGACGUUGUUCUUGAUCUUCUGGAUACGAAAGGUAAAUAUGAACAGCUUGAAAAGGCCAGUUCUUUUAAAAAAAAAUCCAUUGAGAUUUUAAAUACCAAGAAAGCUAUCGUUCUUGCUGAAGAGCCUUCAAAUCAUAGCACUAGUGUAUUGAUUGAUAUGCUGGAUUCGAAGAUGUUGACUAUGGCUGCAGUACCUCUGCCGUUAAAAGAAAACUCUAUGUAUUAUGCUACAAGAAAAUAUGAAGUUACCGCAUUAACACCCCCUUUGAUUCUUUUCAAUACUAAAAAGUUGCAGGAGCCCAAACUAAAGAGGUGCCCUAUACCAUUGAAUAAGCCGUUUUCACGAUUGUGGAUUGAUUCGCAUGGUUUAGUUCGAGAAAAAAUAUGGAAACAGUUAGUUUUUAUUGUUGUUAACGAGAUUUUAUUCAAUCCUGGUAUUACGAUCCAAACAUUAGCCAGACGUUUCCGUAAAAUAUUAAGUCAAAAUGAGGUAGAAGAUAUUAUAAAGUGGCUGCAGGAUUUGAGUGUUUUAUUGGAACUGAAGUUCAAUGGCUAUCUGCUGGCUUACAACUGGCACCAUAUACUGGGUUAA